GGAAGAUCCGCAGCCUCUCUCUUCAAGGUGGGCAGCUGCCCUACAGGUGCUCUCCGAGGUCCGCCGAGGACGCUUCAGAACCGGCGAGGGUUUUGCUGCACUGGCCGCAAAACUCCCGCAUACUCCCGGCAUGCCCUGGGUGUGGGCCGGGUAUAGACUCCAUUUCCCAGGCUGCUCCGGGCCUCGGCCACGACGCGCCGGCGCCUAUAAGAGGCAGAGCGCUGCAGCCGGAGCCUAUUGUUAGCCGGAGCCGGGACGGUUCUGGGCUUUGCUGCCCGGGGAGCCGGAGUGCAGAGCCGCCCGCCCCCCGCCGCCUGCCGGCCGGCCCACACACCCUGCAGCCCCGAGAUCCACGCGACGGGCCCGGGAGCCGGCACGCCUCGAUCUCCCCUCCUUGCACACGGACUGAAUAGGCAGCUAGGGCGGCGGAGACCGUGACGGGAGAAGCGGCUGCGGAGGGGCCGAGUCCUCAUGCUCCUGGCUAGCUGGUGGUGAGCAGCUUGGGGCCAUCGUGGUUGGCUCCCCAAGGAGACCUUUGGAAGCCAAUGGAUGCGUUCUCGGGCUCAGGCCUCAAGAGGAAAUUCGAUGAUGUGGACGUGGGCUCGUCAGUCUCCAACUCGGAUGAUGAGAUGUCCAGCAGCGACAGUGCAGACAGCUGCGACAGCCUUAACCCUCCUACGACUGCCAGCUUCACACCAACAUCCAUCCUGAAGCGACAGAAGCCCCUGCGGAGGAAGAAUGUCCGCUUUGACCAGGUGACUGUGUACUACUUCGCCCGGCGACAGGGUUUCACCAGCGUGCCCAGCCAGGGUGGAAGCUCUCUGGGGAUGGCCCAACGCCACAACUCUGUGCGCAGUUACACCCUUUGUGAGUUUGCACAAGAGCAAGAGGUGAACCACAGAGAGAUUCUUCGUGAGCACCUGAAGGAGGAGAAACUUCAUGCCAAGAAAAUGAAGCUGACGAAGAACGGGACGGUGGAGUCCGUGGAGGCCGACGGCUUGACCCUCGACGACGUUUCAGACGAAGACAUCGAUGUGGAGAACGUGGAGGUGGAUGACUACUUCUUCCUCCAGCCCCUGCCCACCAAACGACGGCGGGCCCUGCUGAGGGCUUCCGGGGUCCACCGCAUCGAUGCUGAGGAGAAACAGGAGCUCAGAGCCAUCCGCUUGUCUCGGGAAGAGUGUGGCUGUGACUGUCGGCUCUACUGUGACCCAGAAGCCUGUGCCUGUAGCCAGGCUGGGAUUAAAUGCCAGGUGGAUCGAAUGUCCUUUCCUUGCGGCUGCUCCAGGGAUGGCUGUGGGAACAUGGCGGGGCGGAUUGAGUUUAAUCCGAUCCGAGUGCGGACUCACUACCUCCACACCAUCAUGAAGCUGGAGCUGGAGAGCAAAAGGCAGGUGAGUCGCCCGGCGGCCGCUGAGGAUGAGCCCCUGCCGGGAGCGCAGAGCUCGGAGACACAGGACUUCCAGGAGUUCAUCGCUGAGAACGAGACUGCAGUGAUGCAUCUGCAGAGUGCAGAGGAACUGGAGCGGCUCAAGGCCGAGGAGGACUCGAGUGGCUCGAGCGCUAGCCUGGACUCCAGCAUGGAGAGCCUGGGCGUGUGCAUCCUGGAGGAGCCCCUGGCUGUUCCCCAGGAGCUGUGUCCAGGCCUUGCAGCCCCCAUUCUCAUCCAGGCUCAGCUGCCCCCAGGUUCCUCCGUCCUGUGUUUUACUGAGAACUCAGAACACCCAGCCGCCUCCCCGAUGAGCAGCCCAUCCUACUUGAACAGUGGACCUCUGGUGUACUACCAGGUAGAGCAGAGGCCGGUCGUGGGAGUGAAAGCAGAGUCUGGUUCAGAAGAAGGCACAGCCUCCUUCCCCAAGGAGAAAGAUCUGAGUGUCUUCUCCCUCCCUGUUACCUCACUGGUGGCUUGCAGCCCUUCAGACUCCGCUGCUCUCUGUAAACCAGAAGUGGGGAAAGCACCCAGUCUCAACAAACUCUUGCCUGACGACUGUAACCGUAAGGAGCCUGAACGCGAAGACUUCCACCCGUCUUGGUCUCCCUCAAGCCUACCCUUCCGAACAGACAAUGAAGAAGGCUGUGGAGUACAGAACUCCCAGCAGAGUGAGGACCGGACCCCUGAAGACUCAGCCCUAGAACUCCCUCUGGCGGUGUGACUGAGAUACAUUGUCCAUUCUCUAUUUAUUAUCUAAUGCCAUUUCAAAACAGGACUGCUGCUCCCAGGUUGUUUUGUUGGAAGUCUUAGGAAAGUGGGUAGGAAAGGUUAGUACAUGUGUUUUCUGAGAGCGCAUACCCAGGAGACCAGCCCCAGCUGCAGGGUCCGUCACCAUGCUCUCUGGGCCACCAGAACAAAGGUGUCGAUCACGGAGCGAGCUCGGCAGCUCAAGCGGCUCUUUAUGCCGAGUGCCAGACCCAAGCAUUGAGCAGCUCCCUGCUCCACCCUGGCUCCUCACAUCGCGGCGUCUUGUAGCAGCCACACUAGUGGGAAGGCCACUCAGCUGAGCCUACAAUGGAGGGGAGAUCCCAGAAGAGCCUCUGCUUCUGUACAAAACUCCCAGGGGCUCAGAAUGUUUGUUCUGCCUUGUCCCCGCCCCUUUAACUGGUAAUAAGUAAAUUUCCAACGUGUUUGGUGUUCCCUGACCUGAUCUGCAAACUGGGAAUCCCUGGUCUGUAACUGAAUUCUUUCUUUAGUAUGUGCUUCGGUACUCGAGUGAAACUUCUGUCUUGGAAGGUGAAAUGCAAGCUGGGUAGGGAUGUGGUACAGAGUGAGGCUUGAGCAUCAGGCAGGGGUCCAGCAUGGAACAAUCUGAAGAUGGCUUUGUCCAGCUUGCUCUCCCACCUAGUGCGACACACACACGCACGCGCACACACGCACGCGCACACGCACGCGCACACACGCACACGCGCACACGCGCACGCACACACGCACGCACACACGCACGCGCACACGCACGCGCACACACGCACACACGCACACGCACACACGCACGCGCACACACGCACGCGCACACGCACUCUCUGUCCCUUUGGGAGGUCUUGGCUCUGAAUGGAAUGUAAACUGUAGCACAGCUCAUUAUGACUGAGGACUCCCUCUGUACCUGCCCUGACGGCCCUUCUUGGUUGUGUGGGGUUAGAAAGCUCUUUGGAGUUUACGGUUCAAUCCUAGGAGUGGCAGGUGUUUAUCGGAACCUUCCAUCUGGGAGACUCAUGAAAACUGGAAGUCAGACAGGUUCUUAGUUGUGAUGUAGGAGUCCCACAUCCAAAGGAUUCGGGGUCUCCUUAUAAUGACAGGCAUGGCUGGGACUCCACACUUACCUCAGCAGUAGUGCUGCUCCCCUCGUGACGUUCCGAGGCCCACCCAGCACUGACGUUUUUAUUGGCAACAUUACCUUCUUACCAGGAAAGAAAAACAAACUCGUUCUGUUUUUUUUUUUGUUUGUUUGUUUGUUUGUUUGUUUUUUGGAGGCAGUGUGUUGCUAAAUGGCCCUGGGACUUGCUAUGUAGACCAGGCUGGCCCCCAACCUGUGGUGGCCCUUCUGAUCGUGCAUCCUGAGUGUGAGGACUGCAGGUGUGCAUCUCCUUGCUCAGUUUUAUCUAUUUAUUUUUGGUGGGAUAAUAAGGCCCUAGUGUCAUAAACAGACUUUAGUGUAUGUGGCAGCAGAAACAUCUGCAAAGAUCCCUAAGCCUGAAGGACCUUGAACUUAAAGUAGACGCUGGUGUUUAGCCCAUUCUGCCACUGUCCCUUCCUCGGUUUGCUUGGUUCUUUUGUUGGGGUUCUUAAGUACAUUCUCUUUCCAGAUAUUAGCGAUAUCUGAAGAGGUCAAGUGUUCUCACUCCUGGCUAGAACUCGCAGUCUCAAAGACUCAAGCUUAGCUGAGACUUGAUGGAAUCUUCUUGAAAGUUUGUUGGACAGGAGGGGACUCAGCCCCUUCCCUUCUUAAGACUCCAUCUCUCUUAGCUUUUAGAUUUGGAUUUUCAUUAAGAAAUGUAAAGAGUUAGGGGUUGGGGAUUUAGCUCAGUGGUAGAGCACUUGCCUAGCAAGUGCAAGGCCCUGGGUUCGGUCCCCACCUCCGAAAAAAAAGAAAUGUAAGGACUAGCCAGCCCCAGACAUUUGAUAUUUCUAUAUAACUCUGAUUUCUUAUUCUAAAUGCAUUUCAUUAAUUCCUUGUUGAUUCAAACUGACCCUGACGUCUGAGUGCUAUAUUUAGCGUUGACUAAUGUCAAGCAAAGGACCUCCUCUACAACUUAGUCCAUCUCAGUUCUGGUGCUACCUGAGUUGGACAGAACUUAUGGUUCCUGGUUGCCAGGAAGGCUAGGCCUGUGUCACAGAAGCAGAGCCAGUCCCCAGUCUAGCGUAGAUGAACUGUGCACGGCUGCAGCUCUUGUAUGUUGUCUCCUCGGACUCCGUACACAGGUCGGACUUUCAGUGUGAACCCAGAGCUUGUCUGGUUCUCUGAAAACAAUGUUCACUCUUUAGGUUCUUUACAUUGUAAUAAUGCUGUAUUUAAAGAGAUAUUUAAAUGUAAUAUUAAAGAAAUAUUGGAGAG